UUGGUGGAAGACGGAAGUGCUAUAUUACACAAUUAAGAAUUUAUUAGAUGAUAGACUAGACUUACAUAUACUUGUUUUUUUAGAAAAAGUUAAAUCAUGAAUUUUAAAAAAUAUUUAUAUAAAAGUGAUUUCUUGAAAAUUUUCAAAGCUUUUUUUUUUUUUCUCUUUGUUUUAAUUGAAUCUUGUCUUAAUUAGUAAGUAUCACUUUUUUCGAGUAAUAUUAUUAAUUUGAUUUUCACCUAACUCUUUCAAUUUCUCGGUUUACAUUAUACUCUAAAAAAUAAUGUUUAUUUUCACCCUUAAAGUUGUUUUUGCAUAAUAUUAACCUUACUCCAACAACAGCGUUCUUUUCUAUGGUCUUACUCUUUUGUCUGUCCAACAAAAUUCAUGUUCCCAAAUGCAUAAAAAAACACCUUUUUUUUUUUGAAAGAAUUUUUGUCAUAGAAAACAACAAAAAUCAGUAGUACUAGUAAAUUUUAACUAGACUUGGUCUUCAACAAAUUUUCUGUUUGUUUGAGUUGGUAAGCAACCCUUACUUCUGCCCAUCAGCUUCAUUUUUUCUCUUUAUUAAAGACAUAAUUAUUCCUUUUUUGAGGCUUUUCUUGGUUGAUCCAAACACUUCUUUACUCCAUUGUAAGUCUUAAGCAGUUAAGCUGAAAUGCAGGUCUGCCUGUUUGUUCUGUUUCUGUGUUCAUGAUUGAGCACUGUUUAAGUGUUUGCUUCACUGAAACACUUCACUUUUGGUAAAUUUUAUUAGUCACUUUCUUCUUUAAAACCUUUGAGUUUGUCUGCCAGAUUCUUACUUUUGACUGCUAUCAAUUAUUCCUGGUGUGCAUAUUUUUCAGUUUGCUUGAUCAUCACUCUAAUUACUUUUUUCAAUAUGCCAAUUUUUUGAUGUUUUAUAGCCUAAAUUACCCAUUUCAGCUAAAUUCUUACACAGAGAAAAACCCACAUUUUGUUUUGUGAAUUAUAAGCACAAAGAAAAAAAUGAAGGCAGUGGCAGUCCCUCCACAGGAGGAAUUUGCCCUCAAGGAGACUUCUCCGGCCAUUGGCGUGGCCGGUUUAGGUAGGGAUAAGCUGACCUCUACCUAUGACCUUGUUGAGCAAAUGCAGUAUUUGUAUGUUCGAGUAGUCAAGGCAAAGGAAUUGCCCGGAAAGGACGUAACCGGGAGUUGUGACCCUUAUGUGGAAGUUAAGUUAGGGAACUAUAAGGGAACAACUAGGCAUUUUGAGAAGAACACUAAGCCCGAGUGGCAUCAAGUGUUUGCAUUCUCGAAAGAACGAAUUCAAUCUUCGAUUGUCGAGAUUUUGGUGAAAGAUAAGGAUGUUGUGAAGGAUGAUUUCAUUGGGAGGGUUGUAUUUGACUUGAAUGAGGUUCCGAAGAGAGUCCCUCCGGAUAGUCCUUUGGCUCCUCAAUGGUAUAGGCUUGAGGAUCGUAAAGGGGAUAAGGCGAAAGGGGAGCUUAUGUUGGCGGUUUGGAUGGGCACGCAAGGUGAUGAGGCGUUCCCUGAGGCGUGGCAUUCUGAUGCGGCUUCUGUUGGUGGGGACACUGUGGGGAAAAUCCGGUCUAAAGUGUACCUUUCGCCUAAGUUGUGGUAUGUGAGGGUUAAUGUUAUUGAAUGUCAGGAUUUGGUGCCUAAUGAUAAAACCCGGUUUCCUGAAGUAUUUGUUAAGGCAAUGCUUGGAACUCAAGGUUUUAAGACUAAAAUCUGCCCAGUUAAGACCCUGAACCCUAUGUGGAACGAAGAUCUGUUAUUUGUAGCUGCCGAGCCUUUUGAAGAAGCCUUGGUGUUGAGUGUCGAAGAUAGAGUUGGACCCGGGAAAGAAGAAUCUCUAGGAAGAUGUCUAAUUCCUUUGCAUAUGUUGCAAAGAAGGUUGGACCAUAAACCAGUGAACACGCGAUGGUACAAUCUCGAAAAGCAUAUGAUUGUCGAUGGUGAAAAGAAGGAAGCUAAGUUUGCUAGUCGGAUUCAUCUAAGGAUUUGUUUGGAUGGUGGUUAUCAUGUAUUGGAUGAAUCUACCCAUUACAGCAGUGAUCUAAGGCCAACAGCCAAGCAGUUGUGGAAACCGAGCAUUGGUAUUUUAGAGCUCGGGAUUCUAAGUGCUCAUGGGCUUAUGCCGAUGAAGAACAAAGACGGAAGAGGGACAACUGAUGCAUACUGUGUGGCUAAGUAUGGCCAAAAAUGGGUUCGGACAAGAACCAUCAUCGACAGCUUUCAUCCCAAAUGGAACGAGCAAUACACUUGGGAAGUAUUUGAUCCAUGUACAGUCAUUACAAUCGGUGUUUUCGAUAACUGUCAUCUAAAUGGAAAUCCCGGAAUGAGAGAUUCAAGAAUCGGUAAAGUAAGAGUUAGGCUUUCGACCCUCGAAGCUGAUCGAGUCUACACACAUGCAUAUCCUCUUAUAGUGUUGCAUCCUUCGGGAGUAAAGAAGAUGGGUGAAGUUCAACUUGCUGUGAGGUUUUCUUGCUCGUCAUGGAUGAACAUGUUGCAUAUGUAUUCUCAUCCAUUGCUACCAAAAAUGCAUUACAUUCAUCCAUUGUCGGUCAUACAGCUCGAUAGCUUGAGACACCAAGCGAUUCAUAUCGUCUCCAUGAGACUCAGCAGAGCGGAACCUCCUCUGAGAAAAGAGGUUGUCGAGUAUAUGUUAGAUGUCGAUUCGCAUAUGUGGAGUAUGCGAAGGAGCAAAGCGAACUUCUUCCGAAUCAUGAACGUUUUAAGCGGAAUGAUAGCUGCUGGUCGAUGGUUCGAUCAAAUUUGCAACUGGAAAAACCCGAUUACUACAAUCCUUAUUCACAUUCUCUUAAUAAUACUUAUUGUAUAUCCCGAACUAAUUCUGCCCACCAUCUUUCUCUAUCUUUUCAUGAUCGGAAUUUGGAACUACCGAUGGAGGCCUAGGCACCCACCUCAUAUGGACACUCGCCUUUCACACGCUGAUGUGACUCACCCUGAUGAGCUCGAUGAGGAGUUUGAUACGUUUCCUACAUCUCGCGGAAAUGAGAUCAUUAGGAUGAGAUAUGAUCGGCUGAGGAGCAUUGCGGGGAGAAUUCAGACGGUUGUAGGAGAUUUGGCUACUCAAGGGGAGCGGUUUCAGUCACUCCUCAGCUGGAGAGAUCCAAGAGCAACAGCAUUGUUUGUUACUUUCUGUUUACUUGCCGCUAUUGUGUUGUAUAUUACUCCGUUCAAAGUAAUCAUCCUCUUCUACGGCAUCUAUGUAUUAAGGCAUCCGAGAUUCAGGAAAAGGCUUCCAUCAGUUCCGAUUAACUUCUUUCGAAGGCUACCUGCAAGAACCGACAGCAUGCUGUGAAAACAGUUCAUAAUGUCAUUACACCAUUUCAGGCCCAUGCAGCAAAAUUAGAACUAUCUAAUUAACAGAAACUUAACUAUGAAUUACGAUGAUGAUGUUCCAAAUUUAGAAGGAAAGAAUCCAACAGACAUCUAUGAAGUGUUUUUUACUUUUUUAGUUUUUUUACAUGCUUUUGCUUUUUGUUGGGCAUUUUGCAAUGAAUCCUCAUGCACUACUCUAUCUAGCUACUCCCAUAAAUCAAUAUCAAAAGGUUUCAUUGUUCCAAGGUA